UCCAAGAAUUUUGAUUUCCAUUAUUCGUGGGCUCUAAUCCCAGUCCCCAUCUUUCCAUUUUCUUGUUGAGUGUUGCAUCAAUUCUAUGCGUUUUUCCUUCAGAUUCCCAUGCCCGAAUCCGAUCGUUCUCCCCACGUUUUUAUGCCCUUCUGCGUUGAUUCCAUACUGGACCAAUCGGUGAAGCUCCCCAUGCCUACUUUCAUGCUUCCUCUGCCCUUCCAAAAUUAUGGAUGAAGCUCUGUUCGAGUUGUUUAGCUGGUGCACAGGAAGAGUGCAAAAAUGAAGCCGUUUAGAUCCAACGUUGUGGAAACCCUUCAGCUUUUGCGCCAUGCUGUUAUGGAGAAGCCCUUUCUUCUGUACUUGGCUCCUCUGUUUUUGCUUGCUUGGGCUUUCGAGAAAUGGGUUUUUUCUUUCUCUAAUUGGAUCCCUCUAGUUAUUGCCGUGUGGGCGACCUUACAGUAUGGGAAUUUUCAACGGCAACUAGUUGUAGAGGAGUUGAACAAAAAAUGGAAGAAAAUUGUAUUGGACACCUCGCCCACUACACCACUGGAGCACUGUGAAUGGUUGAAUAAGCUGUUGACUGAAAUUUGGCCUACAUAUAUCAACCCAAAACUUUCCUCAAAGUUCACUUCUAUUGUUGAGAAACGAUUAAAACACCGGAGGCCAACACUUAUUGAUAGAAUAGAAUUAUCAUCCUUUUCUCUAGGUUCAUGUCCUCCUGGCUUGGGCCUUCGUGGGACUCAAUGGUCAACAUCUAGCAAUCAGAGAAUCAUGCGUUUGGGUUUUGAUUGGGACACAAAUGAAAUGAGUAUCAUGUUGCAAGCCAAGUUGGCCAUGCCAUUUACUGGAACUGCACGGAUUGUUAUCAACAGCAUUCACAUAAAGGGUGAUCUUCUCUUUAGGCCAAUCUUGGAUGGGAGAGCCAUUUUGUAUUCAUUUGUUUGCACUCCAGAAGUGAGAAUAGGAGUAGCUUUCGGAAGCGGCGGUAGCCAGUCGUUACCUGCAACAGAGCUUCCUGGUGUCUCUUCUUGGCUGGUUAAACUUCUAACAGAUAUCAUAGUAAAGACAAUGGUUGAACCUCGACGCCGCUGUCUCUCAUUGCCAGCAGUUGACCUGGGUAAAAAGGCUGUCAGUGGUACAUUAUAUGUGACAGUCAUCUCAGCCAGUAAGCUUUCCAGGAAUUACUCAAGAGGCAACUCUUCCAGAAAUCCUCUGAGUACUUAUAUGAAUAGUCCCCCAGAAGAAAACUUAACUGAUAAGGAAGAACUGCAGACAUUUGUCGAGGUGGAAUUUCAUGAGCUAAGUAGGAAAACUACUCUAAGAUCAGGCUCCAACCCUGUAUGGAAUUCAACGUUCAAUAUGAUUUUGCAUGAAGAUACAGGAACUCUUCGGUUCAAUCUUUAUGAAUCUAACCCAAGCCUUGUCAAGUAUGAUUAUCUAGCCAGUUGUGAAGUAAAGAUGAAGUAUGCCGCUGAUGAUUCCACAACAUUUUGGGCAAUAGGAUCUGACUCUGAAGUGAUAGCAAAGCAUGCUGAGUUUUGUGGAAAAGAGGUUGAAAUGGUUGUCCCGUUUGAAGGCGUUGGUUGUGGGGAGUUAACAGUGAAGCUUGUUACUAAAGAAUGGCAAUUUUCUGAUGGUUCACAUAGCUCGCUUAAUCUUCAUGUUAGACCUGAACAGCCGGUUGAUGGGUCCUCAAGCUUUCCUUCAAGAACUGGAAGGAAAAUUGCCAUUACCAUUGUAGAAGGAAAAGAUCUUAGUUUGAAGGAUAAAUCUGCUAAGAGUGAGUCAUAUGUAAAACUGGAAUAUGGGAAGGCUCUCCAGAAAACAAAAACUGCUGUUUCUGUAAAUCCUAAUUGGAAUCAAAAGUUCGAGUUUGAUGAGAUUGGAGGUGGUGAAUACCUCAAGAUAAAAUGCUUUGGCGUAGAUAUAUUUGGGGAUGAAAACAUAGGUACUGCCCGAGUGAAUUUGGAAGGACUUCUUGAAGGAACAGUCAGGGACGUAUGGGUACCCCUCGAGAAAGUAAAUUCUGGAGAACUGAGGCUUCUGAUAGAAGCACUCAAGGCAGAUGACUAUGAAGGAUCAAGGGGUUCAAACACAGGCUCAACUAAUGGUUGGAUCGAACUUGUUAUCAUAGAAGCUAAAGAUUUGGUUGCUGCUGAUAUUGGAGGAACAAGCGACCCUUAUGUGAGAGUGCAUUAUGGAGACAUGAAGAAACGAACAAAGCAGGUUAUGUUCAAAACUUUAAAUCCUCACUGGAACCAGACGUUAGAGUUCCCUGAUAAUGGGAGCCCUUUAGUGCUGUAUGUUAAGGAUCAUAAUGCUUUACUACCCACAUCAAGCAUUGGAGACUGUGUUGUUGAGUAUCAAAGAUUGCCUCCAAACCAAAUGGCUGACAAAUGGAUACCUCUUCAAGGGGUGACAAGAGGAGAGAUCCACAUCCAAAUCACAAGAAAAGUUCCUGAUCCUCAGAAACAGAAAAGGCUUAGUUUAGAUUCUGAAUCAUCUGCUGUUACCAAGGCACAUCAAAUUUCAAGUCAGAUGAAGCAAACAAUCAGCAAGUUUCGCAGUUUGUUCGAGGAGGCUAAUCUCGACGGUGUUUCGGCGACGUUGAGUGAACUAGAAAGCCUGGAGGAAGUGCAGCAGGAGUAUAUACUACAGCUUGAAACUGAACAAACGCUUCUCAUAAAUAAGAUUAAGGAGCUUGGUCAGGAGAUUCUUAAUACUCCUUCAAUUAGUCGGAGAUCUUCUGGAAAUUGAAGCAUUCUUGAGUUAUGAUUAUCCAUAGAGACCAGUUCAGAUAGGUACCUAGUUUUGUAAGAUUGAUUGGUUCAUAGUUGAUGCCUGCCUUUGUAUGAUUAUCCAUAAACUUAUGGUUACUUAUUUGCUUUUAGCCUAUAAAAUUGCUUUCUUUAGGCACGUUUUCUAAAACAUUCCCGUAACAAUUCAA